GCCCGGAACGUCACCUGGAAACUCGGCAGCCGCCUCUACGGCCCCAGCUCCAUCAGCUUCGCGGAGGACUUUGUGAAAAACAGCAAGAAGCACUACAACUACGAGCACUCGAAGAUCAACUUCCGGGACAAGCGGAGCGCCCUCAAGUCCAUCAACGAGUGGGCGGCCCAAACCACCGACGGCAAGCUGCCCGAGGUCACCAAAGAUGUGCAGAAGACCGACGGGGCCUUAAUUGUCAACGCCAUGUUCUUCAAACCGCACUGGGAUGAGAAGUUCCAUCACGAGAUGGUGGACAAUCGUGGCUUCAUGGUAUCUCGUUCCUACACAGUCAGCGUUCCCAUGAUGCACCGUACAGGGUUGUACAAGUACUACGCAGACGAGGCGGAGAAACUGCAGAUCGUGGAGAUGCCGUUGGCCCACAAGCUCUCCAGCCUGAUCCUAAUCAUGCCCAACCACGUCGAGCCUUUGGAACGCCUGGAGAAGAUGCUCACCCGGGAACAGCUCCAGAGUUGGCUGGGCAAGUUGAAGCAACGGUCAGUGGCCAUCUCCUUGCCCAAGGUCAGCCUGGAGGUCAGCCACGACAUUCAGAAACACCUGGCUGAUCUCGGCUUAACCGAAGCCGCGGAUAAGAACAAAGCUGACCUGUCCAAGAUCUCCGGCAAGAAGGACCUCUACCUCUCCAACGUCUUCCACGCAGCGGCUCUCGAACUGGACACGGAAGGCAACCCUUUCGACACGGACCUCUACAGCCGCGAAGAAAUCCGGAACCCCAAACUCUUCUACGUCGACCAUCCCUUCCUUUUCCUGGUCAAGGACAAUAAGACCAACUCUGUCCUGUUUAUCGGCCGGCUGGUGAGGCCCAAAGGAGACAAAAUGCACGACGAAUUGUAGUUUGUGGCACGCCGGGUUUCAUGCACGGCUCUUUUGAUUUUUAUUUUCUCUUUUU